CCCGCCAUUGUAUUCGGUCUGUGUGGUUCAGAUUUCCCGAGUGAAACCUACAACGAACCAGAGCGCAACGUUAACUUUGUUUUUCUUUAAGUUCGGCCAUCUCUAUUGAAUACGUUGAGCGAUCAGGUAUUGUUGGAGUAAAGGCACAAAUAAUGUCUUCUCUUCAAGAAUGGAUAACUAACCCGAUGGGCGUUGUGGAAGAUAUAUUUUCCCAGAGCAGUGGCAGUCCUGGCUGGGAGGGAAAGGUGCUGGAGUAUUUCACAGAGAAGCUGAAAGAGAGCAAUGCUGGGAACUGGGUUCCCUCUCUGAAUGACGUCCCCUUGCACUACCUGACGCCCAACAGCCUGGUGAGGUUCCGCUGUCUGGUGCAGGACAUGUUCGAUCCCGAGUUCUACAUGGGCACCUACGAGCACCUCGACCCCGCGUCCAAAACAAAAGUGCUGAAGUCUGGGAAGUACAAGGACAUUACAGAGUGUGGGGUGGAGGUGGGGAACUCGGCCAUGUUGGAGAGACAGACCUUCUACUGCGUGCCUGUCCCCGGAGAAACCCCCUGGGUGAAGGAGGGCUAUGCCAGCUGCAGCCACGCGUGUGUCAUGCCUUCCACGUCCUACACGCCAAACCGCCACAAACGCAGCCAUGAGGACGACCAGGGCAUGGAGAGCCAGCCCUGCAAGCAGAAAGAGCGGGAGCCAGGCUCUGUGGGCGGGGCGAGCAGCGGAGACUCCAAGCGGAUGGAGAUGGACACGGACACGCCCUCUGGGCGGGGCCAGCGGUGUCCCUCCCCCUUAGACCUCAACUUCCCCCUCCCAGAGGAGGCGGGCCCAGCCUGCUUAGUCAAGGUGUAUGAAGACUGGGACAGGUUUAAAGUGAACGACAUGUUGGAGAUUUACGGCGUUCUGUCUGUGGACCCCCUGCUGAGUGUCAACGAGGAGAAGGACACGGGGCUCAUAGUGGAUCCCAUGGACAGUGGGGAGACGGCAGAGGAGAGGCGUGUCCACAGCCCCCCCGCAUCCCUGGUGCCCCGCCUCCAUAUGAUCCAGGCCCGCCCCCUGCAGCACAACAACCCUCUGCUGCCCCCUAGUGUCCACAGCCCAGCCUGCACCUUCACAGCUGGUUUCCUGGGCGAGCUGGCAGCCGUGAGGGCGGAGCUUCUGGAGUACCUGACGCACGUGUUGCUAGGAGACGACCUGGCAGCGGAGUAUCUCAUUCUGCACCUCAUCUCCAGCGUGUACGCGCGGCGUGACGUCCUCCCCCUGGGGAAGUUCACGCUGAACCUGAGCGGAUGUCCGCAGAACGGCCCGUUCACCGAGCUCCUCUACCGCACGGUGCAGCAGCUCGUCACCUCCUCUUUCCGCCUCAGCAUGAGCCUGCAGAACAUGAACAGCUUGCGCUUUGUGCCGCGGAAAGACUACUCUGCUAACCGCCUGGUGAGCGGGGUCCUCCAGCUAUCCCAGAAUACCUCCUUGUUCCUGGACGAGACGGCGCUGGAGCAGGGGCAGCUGGAUUCAGCAGGGGUGCGGAACAUCACGGCUCUGGGGGAGCUCAUCUCCUGGCAGAAGGUGGAUUACGACUUCAACUUCCACCGCAUGGACUUCCCCUGCAACCUCAACGUGCUGGUGGCCUCGGAGGGCAGGUCGCUCCUCCCGUCUGACUGCCAGGUGCGUCUGCAGCCCAGGCUGACUCCGCCCAGUCUGGAGGGGUACCUGGGCGCGCUGCAUGCAGCCGUCAGCCCGUCUGCGCUCAACAAGUUCCGCACCUACGUCAGCCUGCUGCGCACGCUGGACUACAGCAUCUCUGACCAGGUCACCAAGGCAGUAGAAGAGGAUUUUGUUGAAAUGCGGAAGGACGACCCCCAAAGCAUGUCUGCUGAAGAUCUCCACAGGUUGCUGGUUGUGGCACGGUUGCUCUGCCUCAGUGUGGGCCAGGCCACCCUGUCCCUGGAGCAGUGGAUGAAGGCCAAGCACCUGGAGGCUCUGCGCACGAGCCGCACGGAGCAGCAGAGACACGUCAACGGCAACGAGCCGUAGGCCCCGGCAACCAGCCGUAGGCCCCGGCAACCAGCCGUAGGCCCCGGCAACCAGCUGGACUGAGACCCAAGGGUUUUCUCAUUUUUCUAAUGAUCUUUCUUUUUUUUUUUUCUGGACUACCUUCUGCAGCUUCCCCUGAUUUCUCUGUUUAGUUUGCUCUGAUGUACGUGCGUCUUGAAGCUCAAGGGGACGGCUCCUGUAGUGGUGACAGCUGGUGUCAGCUGGUCUGGUCUGGCCUGGGCUAUGCUAGCAGAACGGUGAUCAGUAAACCAUGGCAGUGGAUCAUGGAGCUGGAGCUGGACGGGCUUUUGUGGAUCAGGACUCCUUCAUCUUCCCCAAGCCCAGUGGUCCUCACUCCUGGUCCUGGAGAGCCGCAGGGUGUGGCUGGCUUUUGUUAUCACCUUAAUAUCAGCAACCGAUUUGGACCCAAGAAACCAGGUGAAGUGAGUUAACCGUAAUUAACCGCUUUCAUCGAUCAAUUAAGUGCUGAGUAACAACAAAAGCCAGCACACCCUGCGGCUCUCCAGGACCAGCAGUGACUAGCCACUUCACCUGGUGUCUACAGGUUACCUGUGGAUGUCGGGGAGAGAUUAGCCUCUUCUCCUGUUGCAUUCUGGGAAAUGGUGGCAGGCCAGUGAGUGAAAGCCCUGAUGUGUGCAACUAGCCAAUGGAGCGGCGUAUGAGACGGGAGUAACGUACGCACUUAAGCCUUACUGAGCUCUUAGGGCAGAGAGGAGUGUUCAGCCAACGAGUCUCACUGGACCUCCCCCCUCUCUAUAGCACUGUGUCCACCUAAAAAGCAUUUUUCAAGGGGGAACAAGUUUCCGAACGAACGGCCCAAAUGGAACAGAACGACAACGGUAUUGUACUUUUACAAUAAAAUGUGCAUUUUGAGGUGUCGGCCGAUUGUGGUGGGAUGCGUUUGUUCAUUAACGGCGCUCAACGCCGCUCAACCCCAGCGUGGGCGUUCAGACGCUACGGAUCGCCGCCCGCUGAUGGAGAGUGUGUUCAGUGACGUGGCAGAGUCGUCUGUACCUGUCUUUGGAUUCCUGGUUCGGCUAGUAUCCUUCCUUCCAGCAUCUUCCUGCUCCGGACAUUUUACUGUUUUUGACGAUUCUUCCAUGUUAGUUUGUUUCAGUUUUUUUUUUGUGCACAGUUGGCAAUUUUUUUUUUUUUCCUAACAGUUGUCAAGUACAGGCAGAUUGUGUGUAUGUUAAUUAUACAACACACUGAAAAGGAUCUGUAGUCUGAUAAAAAGGUCUAUGGUAGCCUAUGGUUACUGUUAUAGGUUAGUAACAGAAAUUAAUAUUGGAGCUACAAUGUGAGUAGCUAGGUUACAACGUAUGGCUUGAAUAAAGUAAGCAACCAUCCCAGUAAAGAUAUGAAAUUGAUGGGUUUUUUUUACUUGGGACCUGGUAGCAGGUCUGUGAGUGUGUUCUGUGUAGAGCUCUGUGUUCUGCGGCUUUGGAGCCAGGCUUGGAGGGAAUAUAAAGUGUAACUGGCUAUUCACAGUGGGAUUAAAGGGGAUCAUGUGUAUGGCUGUGCACUGCCGUUAUUAAAAUCGUUUUUGCAUCCGUGUUUCAUGCGCCAUUAAAGUGCCUCCACGGGGAAGCCUCCCGGUUCAUUC